CCUUGGAAAUGUCUUAAUCUCCACGUGACAAGAUCAGUCACGUCGGCAGAGACAGCUACAGUAUAAGAGCACAGGUGUCGAGCAAACAGUUGAAGCAGAGCUCACUCAGUCUGAAACAUACUUUACCUGCACAGGACUCUAUAUAGUCUCAAACUGUGUCUCCGUCCACAUCCCUCUGUCAUCAUGUUGGUAGAUGAAGAACUGGAGUGUGUGGUGUGCUGCUAUGAGUACUCCCGCAGCGACCGGGUCCCUCGGGUCCUUCACUGCAGUCACACCUUCUGUGCUCCCUGCUUGGAGAAACUGUCUAAGAACGACGGCAUUGUCCGCACAGUCUCCUGCCCUCUGUGUCGCUGGGUCACCUGCACCAGAUCCAGCCUGACCCUGCCUGGGGCCCUGUGGGUCAACACUGAGAUCUGGGACCAGAUCGCACAGAAUCAACAGAUGAGUGAGGAUUUAAAUAACACGCAGACCCAAUUCAUCAACACAUCACACCUUGAUUGCAGACGGUCUGGUUUUAUGUCCGCAUUCCAAAAAAUGUUCAGCUGUGUGCCGCUGCAUGGACAAGUGCAAGACUUCUGCUGACAGUUCACCUUCACAAGAUCUUAUUUUCUCACCUUUUUUUUUUUUUACUGAAUCAGCAGUGUUUAAUGGACUGAUAUCCUGAGGAGCAUUGCAUCCAGGGAAAGUUGGUGUCCCUGCGAGGAGCAAUGGCCUUCAAAGCCUCCUGUGAAGAUUUGUGAGUGUUCAAUUUGUUUAUGAUUGUAUUUUUCUCAAAGCACUGCAUCAACCAAAAAGCCUGAUCUGUGAAUUUGUUGUAAAUAUGUUCUUGUAUUUUUGGUGUAGUCGUCAUUACAAUAAGAGUAUCUGUGAAUUAGCAACAAACCUAUUCAGGCUUCAGUGUGAGUUUGAAGCUAAGCCUUAUUUAAAGCAUGUGACAUGUGGGUUGUUCUUUUUUUAUAAUGUAUUGUGAAAUUGAGAUUUUUUUACAUUUUCAUAUAUGACUAAAUCAUACUUAUUGUGUUUUGAAUCUUCUGUUAAAAUUAAAGGAUCUUUAGUUUUUUCACUGUGUGCAUUGACAACAUUAAGGAUAGUAAAUCUCACAGUUCCUGAGCACAAGAUCUUUUUAAAAAGAAUUAAACUGUAAAAACUGAAGAAAGUGUUGAUUGAACACACAUUUGUACAUAUACCAUGUUUACUUCGAGACUCGUGAUGUUGAAGAUUAAUAUUAUCAUCACCAGACAUUUGAAGCAUUUUUGAAUAAAAGCUAUUUAAAAGUA